AUGGUGCUCAAGUCGUGGCUCGAUGUACCUGAGGAUCACGACUUUUCGAUUGAAAAUCUGCCUUUUGGGAUCUUUUCAACAGCUGAUAAUGUGACGCCGCGGCCUGGCAUCGCAAUUGGGAGAUUUAUAGUCGACCUGGCAGCAUUGGUCGACACAGAGGCAUUCUCAAUGUACUGUACCUGUCAAUUCCCAUAUGCGACCGCCUUGAAUUCCUUUGCGGCGCUUGGUCGCGAAACGGUCAACGCGGUGCGGAUGUUCGUAAAGUAUCUCCUCGUGGAAAUGACCCCAAUCAUGAGGGACAAUAGAGAGCUCCGGCAGAAGUGCAUCGUCGACACUGCCGCGGUCAAGGUUGAGAUGCAUUUGCCCAUGAAGAUUGGGGAUUUCACCGAUUUUCUAAAUUCUCGGACGUGGACAAACCCUGGCUUGACGACACUGCCUCAUCUUGGAUUCAGGUUCAAUCCCCCUCGUGCGUUUACUGCUCGCGUGUCAAGUCUUGUGACUUCGGGAACCCCGAUCGUGCGACCGCUGGGACAUUUGAUCGACUCGAAUGGUAAAGCAUACGUUGGGCCGUCACAACAGAUGGACGUCGAGAUGGAGUUUGCUUUCUUCAUUGGGGAAGGAAUCAAGCGCUUCGACCGGGUAACGAUUGACGAGGCCGAGAACCACAUAUUCGGGGUGGUGCUCCUCAACGACUGGUCAACCCGGGAUGUCCAGGCUCCCGAAGACCAUCCGUUUGCUGCCUUCAAUGCCAAAUCCUUCGCCUCGACCAUCAGUCCCUGGGUCGUGUCGAUUGACGCCUUGGAGCCUUUCCGCACAAAGACCCAGCCUCAGGAGCCAUCAGAUCUCUUGCCGUAUCUGACCGACAAGAAGGAGCUCGGGACCUUUGACAUCUCCAUCCACAUGGAGUGGAAGCUUUUCUCCGAGGGAGAAGAUGCGGAAUCGAUUUGUUCUCUGGUCGAACGUACACGGAAUGGAACAAAAGAGAUUGAAACACCUGGGGGGAACAAGAGAUUGUAUGUUCAAGACGGAGACGAGGUCAUCUUUACGGGCUGGGCGGGUGACAAGGGCGAUCCAACGCAGGCGAUGAGGAGGGUCGGUUUCGGGACCUGCGAGGGAGUCAUUGUCCCAGCGAAGCCGUUGUAG